UAUCUUAUUUUACCUUUGAAGUCUCUCUCCAAAAGAGGAAAACCAAAGACCUUAUUUCUAAAGUUGCUGAUUUGGACCGGGUAUUAUCAAGCCGCUCUCCGGUCAGCUGGUUGAGGCACGUGGCUGCGCCUGGACAGCAUUCACUCCAACUCCUCAGGUCAACGAAAGCUACAAUUUUUAGGUUCACCUCUGCGACUCAUGGCCAAAGUCAACAGUGGUUCGUCCGGUUGCAGGGCCAUGGUCAUGGCUGGCCAGUUUUGGACCAAACCGUUCGCUUUGAGUUCGCAGAGGAGCGGUCCCCAUCGGCGGAGCGCAGCAGAGGUGAACCGGCGCAUGAGCUCUUCCAGGACCGCUGGACAUGGCAGCAAAACCCCGCUGUGGAGCCAGCAAGAGUCCUACAACCACUCGUCCCUGGGUGAGCGCAGCGCCUGGUCCAACCGCACGCUGAUCUACAGAGAUGUCAAAGCUUUCCUCCGUGAGAUUGGAGGAGACCCGCGGGAGGCGCGCUACUGGCUGACACAUUUUCAGCGGGCCGGGUCCACUCCUGCCUUCGCGGUGCUGGAGGUUGACCCUUCAGUAUUUGAUAGCCAUGAGAUGGUCCAGAGUUUGGCUUUCGGGCUCUCGUUCCUGCAGCGGAUGGAUAUGAAGCUUGUGGUGGUGAUGGGACUGCCUGCUGAGAUUACGGAAGACGACCACACCAGAUCUGCCACCGAUUCCCCUCUCGCCAGGACUGUAAUGGUGAAACACUGUCAAGCUUUAACAGAAGCACUUCAGGACAACUCCGCCAAUGUGAUGCCUUUCUUUAGUUCAGAGGCACUUUUACAACUGCAGGACAACCCUCUGGACGGCAGCAGCAGUGGGCCGUCAGUAGUUGUGGACUCAGCUCUUCUGCAAUGGACUCUGGACUGUCGAGUGAUUCCUCUGGUGUGUCCAGUGGGUCGCGAUACGACCGGUCGCUCUUCUGUCCUCCGCUCCAUCCAGGUGACCACGGCCAUCUCACAGACACUACAGCCUCUCAAAGUCAUCUUCCUGAACAGCUCAGGGGGAAUCCGCAACCAAAACCACAAGGUGCUGGGUUUGGUGUCAUUACCGGGUGAUUUGCCGGCUCUGAGUUGUGCAGAAUGGCUGAAUGAGGUGGAGCAGAAGCGCAUCGGCAGUAUUGCAGAGCUGCUCAAUCUGCUGCCGGUGGAAAGUUCAGCUGUGCUCACCUCUGCAAACACACUCCUCACUGAGCUCUUUAGUCACAAAGGCUCGGGUACCCUGUUUAAAAAUGGAGACCCUAUACGCAGAUACAGCAGUCUGGAGGACAUUGAUGUUGACCGUCUGCUGGCGCUGAUUAACAAGUCUUUCGAGAAGAAUCUGAGAGAGGAUUAUAUAGCAUCUCUGGAGGGCAGACUGCAUUCUGUUUACCUGUCGGAAGGUUACAGUGCAGCUGCUAUAAUCACCACAGAGCCUGUGAACAGUGGCACUCCAUACCUGGACAAGUUUGUGGUCAGCAGCAGUAAACAAGGCCAGGGAACUGGGCAGAUCUUAUGGGAAUGCAUUCGACAGGACUUCAGCAAGCUCUUCUGGAGAUCCCGCACCACUAAUCGCAUCAAUCCCUGGUACUUCAAGCACUGUGACGGCAGUUUUGUAAACGGCCAUUGGAUUGUAUUCUGGCUUGGUCUUUCGGACAUUCGUGAGUCUUAUGAACUGGUGGAGUUCGCCAAGUCCCAUCCUGACUCCUUCUGCUCUCUCUCUACAACAGAGACCAAACCUCUUCAGCAGCACCACGGCUCAUAAAACCUCACAAAAUCUCAUCCUGAGGUCACUGCAUCCGGCUGAGCUCCAGAUCUUAAAGGGGAUGGUUCACACAAUCACUUACUCACCCUCAAGUGUUUCCAAACUCUCAUUAACAAGUUUCUUUUUUGGUUGAACACAAAAGAGGAUAUACUUAUAGAAACCCGAAAACCUGUAAUCAUCGACUUUCAUGAAAGGACUAAAUAAAUACUUUGAAAGUCAAUGGUUACCGGUUUACAACAUUCUUCAAAGUAUCUUAUUUUGUGUUG